AUGAUAGUGGUGGAUUCUACACUUCAUCCUGAUACGGGCAAACCUGUAUUUUUACCUUUUAGAAUGUCAUGCUUUGUACCUACCAAUAUGGUAUUAGUCGCUGGUAUGUUAUUGCCUAAUCCAAGUAUCAAAAGCAUCUUGUUUUGGCAAUGGGCCAAUCAGAGUGUCAAUGUCGCUUUUAACUCGGCCAAUGCCAACAAGACUACACCUAUGAGUCUUAAGGAAACAGCAGUGGCCUAUGCUUCUGCUGUUACUACUUCAUGUGCUAUUGCUGUGGGAUUAAACCAAUCAGUACCUAAACUCAGCUUGAGUCCUCGUAUUAAAUCAGUCUGUAUGAAAUUAGUUCCUUUUACUGCUGUUGCUGCUGCAGGUACUGUUAAUGUGUUCUUGAUGCGAGGUAAAGAAAUUCGUGAUGGUAUUCAGGUGUUUGAUGAACAUGGAACUACUUAUGGUAAAUCCAAGCAAGCUGGGCUUUCUGCUGUAUCUCAAGUAGCCAUCUCACGUAUCUUGACCAAUGCGCCUGUCUUGAUUAUUCCGCCUUUGUUGUUGAGUCGCUUGCAACGUACUCGAUUUAUUCAGCAGAGACCCAAAUUAGUGAUGCCUUUGAAUUUUGGUUUGAUUGCUCUUUCACUCAUGACAGCUUUGCCUGCUGCUAUUGCAGUGUUUCCUCAAGUAGGCGAAUUGCAAACAAGUCAAAUGGAAAAGGAGUUUCAAGAUUUAGAAGAUGUAAAAGGAAAGCCUAUCACUAAAUUGUACUUUAAUAAGGGACUUUAG